AGAAUUGAAGCGGAUAGGUUGGUUAAAGGAGUUAAACUUGGUGUUUUAUAUUAAAACUUUUGGUCUUUCUCGGUAAAUUAUCAGUCGGUCGACAACCAUCCAACCAACCGGACCAGGCCUCAACAGUUCACCGUUACUUUCACGUUCACCGCUUUUCGAACCAAAACGACGAAUGACGAUUUAUCUGAUGGUUUUGAGACUAUAAUAUGAAAUCGGCCAAUAGCAAGGAUAACAAAAGGAUUGGACCUGUACUAAAUUGAGGCUUGGAGAAGAAUUCCUGAGAAUGGAGGAGAUUUUGGAUUCUCAGUCGCAGGGACAUUUGCAACCUAAACCACAGGCCUCAAGAUGUCCCCAUUGUCAUAGAGAAUUUACUAACCUUCGGCAUCAUAUAAAUCAGCAACAUAUGCAGGUGAAGAACUUUAAGUGUGGUGACUGUGGUUACAGUUGUUAUUUAAAAACUGACCUGGAGCGUCAUAUCAGUAAUGUACAUGACAAGCAUAGAUCUCCAUGUACCGUAUGUGGGAAGAAGUACAGUGAUCUCAGACAACAUGUAAGAAUAGUACAUGAAGGGGCAAAGGCGGAGUGUCCACAUUGUAAAGGAAAAUAUUCUAACCUAAGCCAACAUAUUCAUAAGGUUCAUCUUAAAACCAAGAAUGUGAUGUGUGAUAAAUGUGGAAUGACGUUUUAUCAUAAUUCCAACUUGAAGAAGCACAUUGAGAGCACACAUACCCAACAUAAGGCUAUUCAGACAUUAAACAAUAAUUAUCUUGAAGAUAUGGAUAGACAAGCAUAUUCUCCAGGUUAUCAACCUAAUUAUUGGACUCAUUAUGAACAAUAUAAUCAUAAUCACACACAUUAUCAUUAUCACUAUCAGAAUAACUACUACGGAAGGCAAUGGUGGUAUUAAGGAUCAUGAAAUUUGAAAACAUUUAGACAAGUCUAAUUUCAGAUGAUAAACAUCCAACUUAUUAGUAAUUAGUAA